AUGGCUGUGGCCAACGCUUCGGCCACGGGGAACUCGGCCGUGCCUCCGCGGCAGUUCCGCCGCUCCUCCACCGCCACCCCUCAAACCUUCAGCUCCCUCUUGAGGAAAAGAUCAUCCCUCAAUUUGCCCGAUAAAUUUCACAUCACAAGAAGAAGGGAUUUCAAUUUAUCUAGCCGCUGCAGCUGCAAUCUCGAGGACGGCGCCGAUUGUGGCGGCGAUGGUGUGGGUUUCUAUUCUUCGUCCUCGCCUUGUUCAUCGUCAUCGCCGUCUGAGGAUUGGGACUGGAACAGGUGGACCCGCCAUUUUUCUGAGGUCGAGCAGGCUGAGAACUAUGCCUCUGUUCUCAAGUUUCAGUUAGAGGAUGCAAUAGAGAAGGAAGACUUUGGGGAAGCUGCUAAGUUGAAGACAGCCAUUGCAGAGACUACAUCCAAAGACAGUAUUGCUGAAAUUAUGUCUGAGUUGAAGAGUGCAAUUGACGAAGAGCGUUACCAUGAUGCUUCGAGAUUAUGCCGAAAUACAGGAAGUGGACUGAUUGGUUGGUGGGUUGGCUAUUCAAAGGACUUGGGUGACGGGACAUUAGUGCAGAUCACACCCGGAACAGGCAGAUUUAUAGGAAAAUGUUAUAGUCCAAGGCAGUUGAUCACAACAUCUCCUGGAACUCCACUGUUUGAGAUAUUUGUUGUUAAGGACAACGAAGGAUAUAAAAUGCAGGUCGCAUUUCUAAAAACGGUCAAAGGAAAUUCAGCAAAUUCGAGCUCCUCGACUGAUAAAUCCACCAAAGGGUCCUCCGUGGUUGAAGACAAAAAUUCAUCCAUAAUUGAUGUGGAAAAAGGAGAAGAUAAGAACAUUGAUUUGGAAGAAGGUACCGAGGAAGGAAUAAAGAGCGUCAUAAAUUUUCUAAAUGAAAAAAUCCCAGAACUUAAGUUCAAAGUGACACGGGUCGACAUUACUACUGAGGAUAUGAUCGAGGAUAAUUUGAAACAGUUUAUUGAAGAAGAAAAUGAGAACGAAACCAAUGAUAAAGUUAACACAGAAGAUAGUGAUAACGAUAACACAGAUCGAGCUUCAGCACAAGAAAAUGGUGAGUCAAUAGAAAACGCAGGUGAUUUAGACGUAAAGCUCUACAUUGGAGGUGUGUUGCAUAAUAGAGAAGACAGUCUCGCUAAGGAUGAGUAUGUUCGUGUUCCGGCUGAUAUUGAGAAUGUUGAGAGGGAUUCAUUUGUGUUGCAUAUUCAUGAGGGAUAUCACGAUAAUAAUAAUGAUAAUACUGAAGAAGAUAGUGUGUCUAAAGAUAAGGUGGCUGCACUAGUUUCACAAGGUAUUUCGGAACUUAUGCCUCCUGAGGUUGCCAAUGCAUUUUGGAGCUCGGAUAAAGUUUCUCCUAAGGUCUCCAAAGACAUACGUGAACUAGUGAAGCGUGCAGUCAGUCAAGCACAGAAACGAAAUAAACUGUCCGAGUAUACUAAUUUUAGUCGGAUCGUGACUUACAAUGGUGAUUUAGAUCCUUUCGAUGGACUUUAUGUUGGUUCUUUUGGCCCACAUGGACCUGAGGUCAUACAAUUAAGGCGUAAAUAUGGUAAUUGGAACACACAUAAAGAUGAUAUGUCUUCUGAUGUUGAUUUCUUCGAGUACGUAGAGGCUGUCAAGCUGACUGGAUAUAUGAAUCUUCCUGCCGGGCAGGUAGCAUUUCGUGCUAAAAUAGGGAAGGCAAAUCGCAUUACUAAGGGAAAAUUGUACUCACGUGAACUAGGAGUCGUUGCAAGUUACAAAGGCCAAGGAAGAAUUGGGAAGUUCGGGAUUCGAGACUCCAAGUGGGUCGAAGGCGAGCUUCUCCAACUCGAUGGCAGGACUUUGGGACCAUAUAUCAAUGGUGCGAAUUUGGGUUUUCUUUAUACUGUCCGCAAACAACAAAGCGUUCUCGUGCUUUUCCACCGUCUAAAACUUCCCGAGUGA